CCCGCGCCCACCCCACCACGCACCCGUCACCCGUCAACUGUCAACCACCACCCACACAACCACUCCCUCACCACCGCCAAAAUGAUAACCGGCAUCCACCACAUCAACCUCGUCGUCCCCCCCCACACCCUCCCCGCCGCAACCGCCUUCUACGCACACACCCUAGGCCUGACCCCGCGCCCCGUCCCCGCCCUGCAGCGCACGACGCUCGCAUGGUUCGACAUCGGCAGCAGCGGGCAGCAGGUGCACAUUGCGUUUGGGCAGCCGAGCGACUUCGCGGCGCCGUCGUCACAGCACCCGUGUUUCCGCGUGGCCAGUGCGGAGGCGCUGGAGCAGCUGCGCGAGGCGGUUUGGAAGCACUUUGAGAGGGGCGGCGAGGGGGCGCCGAGUGCGGCGGAUAGGCCGGGGGCGGAGGCGAGUGGGGCCAAGGGGGUGGAGUAUCCGACGCGGUUUUUUGCUAGGGACUAUGCGGGGAAUCGGUUGGAGUUUACGUUGUGAGGGGGGUGGAGAUGAGGUUGAGGUUUUGGAUUGGGUCUAUGGUAGGAUGGCGAGCGUGCGGCUCCAGGGUGGAAGACCCGUGUCAGGCUACGACGUGCUGGUGCAUGGCGGAAGGACUCUGAGCGCUCAUUGCGGGUUCGCG